GGUUUUUUUCUUUGUUUUGUGUUUCACUGAAUCAUUAAGCAUGAAACCGUUGUUUCUGAGGCUGCUGCCCCUGCUUCUGCGCCCCAUGUUGCCAACAGCAUGGGCUCUGCUUCUGCUGCGCCCCCUGUUGCCAACAUGGCCUUUGCUUCUUGUAACAGUCAGUCCAAGGCUUUCCAGGAAAUUUGGCGAUGAUGGACAGGAAGUGGUGUUCUCUGACGUUUCUGACAAGUAUUUGCCUGAUAUUAUUUCUCCUUGGCUCUUAUGCUGCUUACGAGCAUUUUCGUCGUGUUGAUGCUCGAGAAGACAACGAAAAACAUUAUGUGACACUGCAAGUAGAAGCUUCCAACGCCACAGGACGACCCAUUCCUGAAACCCUUUUUGGGAUCUUCUUUGAGGAAAUCAAUCAUGCUGGAGCAGGUGGACUGUGGGCUGAACUUGUUAGCAACAGAGGAUUUGAAGCUGGUGGACAAAUCAUUCCUUCCAGUAUCUGGCCUUGGUCCAUUAUUGGAGAUGAAUCAACCAUAUCUGUAGUUACAGACCGCUCUUCAUGUUUUGAGCGCAACAAAAUUGCACUUAGAAUGGAAGUGUUUUGUAACAGCAGUGGUUGUCCAUCAGAAGGAGUCGGGGUUUAUAACCCGGGUUACUGGGGCAUGAACAUUGAAGAAGGAAAGAAAUACAAAGUGACCCUUUAUGUGCGUUCCACUGGGGACAUCGAUGUGUCUGUGUCUUUGACAAGCUCGAAUGGAUCACUAACUCUUGCAUCAGAGCAGAUUAUAGCUUUGGCUUCUGAGGUUUCAAAAUGGACAAAGAAGGAAAUGCUUUUGGAGGCAAAUGGAACAGAUGAUGGCGCAAGGCUUCAAUUGACAACUACCAAAAAUGGUUCAAUCUGGUUUGAUCAAGUCUCAGCCAUGCCUGUGGAUACUUAUAAGGGACAUGGUUUUAGGAAUGAUCUUUUCCAAAUGAUGGUUGAUCUAAAACCUCGUUUCAUCCGUUUCCCUGGUGGUUGUUAUGUGGAGGGUGAUUCGUUAAGCAACGCAUUCCACUGGAAAGAAACCGUGGGAGCUUGGGAAGAGAGGCCUGGCCACUUUGGUGAUGUUUGGAACUACUGGACAGAUGAUGGUCUUGGUCAGUUUGAGUUCUUCCAACUGGCUGAAGAUCUCGGUGCAGCUCCAAUAUGGGUGCUUAACAGUGGAAUGAGUCAUAAUGAUCAAGUUGAAACCGCACGUAUCAUGCCGUUUGUUCAAGAAGCGCUAGAUGGUAUUGAGUUUGCUCGUGGUGAUGCUAAUUCAACAUGGGGAUCAGUUCGAGCUGCAAUGGGACAUCCAACGCCUUUUGACCUUAAAUAUGUUGCGGUCGGGAAUGAAGAUUGUUUGCAGAAAUACACAUACUACAAAGGAAACUACCUUGUGUUCUAUAAUGCUAUCAAGAAAGCCUAUCCGGACAUCAAAAUCAUCUCCAACUGCGAUGGAUCGUCUCAACCACUCGAUCACCCCGCUGAUUACUAUGAUUUUCACGUUUAUAAACCUUCCAAGGAGUUGUUUUCCAUGUCCCAUAAGUUUGACAAUACAUCGCGUGAUGGUCCAAAGGCUUUCGUUAGUGAAUACGCUGCGAAGAGCGAAACAGAUGCUAAUAAGGGAAACCUUCUAGCCGCUCUUGGUGAAGCAGGUUUCCUCCUUGGUUUGGAAAAGAACAGUGAUGUUGUAGGAAUGGUAAGCUAUGCACCUCUCUUCCUUAACACAAACGACAGAAGGUGGUUGCCAGAUGCUAUAGUUUUCAACUCGUCUCAUUUGUAUGGAACACCAAGCUAUUGGGUCCAACAAUUCUUCACAGAGUCAAGUGGAGCAACUCUUCUCAGCUCUACUAUGGAGGGAAACUCUUCUUAUGUUGAAGCAUCUGCCAUAUCCUUCCAAAGCAAUGGCUCUGAUUACAUACAGAUUAAGGCUGUUAACUUUGCAAACGUGACAGUGGAGCUGAAGGUAAAGAUGACUGGAUUGGACUCGAGCAACACGAAAGCUUCUGCAAAAAAGAAGAAAGUACUUACAUCUGCCAGUGUGAUGGAUGAGAACUCCUUCUCCAACCCAGAGAUGAUUACGCCACAAGAAAGCUUAGGGGUAAUGCCCGAGGGGAACUUGACUUUUGUUCUUCCUCCCUACUCCUUUUCAUUAUUCGACAUUUAGUGUCACUAGACGUUGUAGACUCUAAGUUUUAUACAACAAUGAGUGCGUGAAUGAUAUGAUUACACAUCAAUAAUAUGACGUUACAUUCUA